UACGCCAUCCAUUGUAAUAAUUUUCAAAAAAGGUUGGGAGCGCGCAAAAGUUUUAGCAAAAGUACUCCAGUUUGAAUAUAACGACAUCAGGUCAUUUUUGCCUAAGUUAAGUGUUAGUUAAUCCAUUAACUAGAGUUAAAAUCCGGGUGACCUGUUUUUGCUCUCUGGCUGUCAUUGUUUCGCUGACCUACAAUGUUAUUUUUCCCGGAUACGAUGUCCUUAUCAUGCUAACCUGACUGACUGCAGAAUUCAUUCUCGAUUAUCGCCACUAGCGUAACUUGACUAUUUUGUUAAACUGACGACUGUGUAACGUGUGCAAUUUUUUCUUACUGUAACGUGUGAAAUCCUGGACACACUCCAAGCUUGGUCGAACCGUACCCACUGUACUGCAUCAGAGCUCCAAAGCUUGAUCGGCACGCUGCAGUUCGCCUCUAAAUGCGUACCAACCAGUCGCCUAUUUACCCGCCGGCUCAUCCGGCUUCUAUCUGAACAACAUGGCCAGCGCUCACUGAACCUCUCACCUGACUUCCACCGGGACAUCCAGUGGUGGCUCACCUUCCUUCCAAAAUGAAACGGCACAGCCUCUUUUAUUAAACAAUCGUGGAGUACCUCCGACAUCUUCAACCUGUACACCGACGCCUCCGGCACUACUGGCCUCGGGGCGUACUUCAGUGGUGAAUGGUUCCAACAGCGUUGGCCCACCUGGAUUCAUGACCUCUCUGUGCCAAUCCAGUACUUGGAAAUGGUCCCGAUCUUGCUUGCAAUGCUUGUUUGGGGGAAGCGGUUGUGGUGCUGGAAGAUUAUCUUCCACACCGACAACGAGGGCGCGACGCUGGCGUGGGAGAGUCUGAAAUCCACCAAUCCAGGCGUGCUUGACCUCAUGCGUCGCAUGACGGCUGCAGCCGCGGAUAACAACAUGACGUCAGAGGUGUGGACAAGGUGUGGACAACGGCAUAGCUGAUGCACUAUCUCGUUUCCAGGUUUCCCGUUUCCGACGUCUCGCACCGCUAGCAGCCGCUCAUCCAACGCCGUGCCCGAACAUCUUCGACGAUCUUCGACAAACCUACGGGAUAUCCCAUCACUGAGCCGUCUCUUGGAAGCCCACAUCGCAACGUCCACACGAUCCACUUACCGCGCCGGCGCAACACGCUUUACCAACUACUGCGCCACACACCGUCUUAUUCCACUGCCAGCACAUCCUACCACAGUCGCCCGAUUCAUCGCCAGCUUACAUGACGAAGGCGCCAGCGUAAAUACUGCCAAAGUUUACGUGGCCGCCAUCCAUAACCUACACCGCGAAGCCGAUGCGGAAAGUCCAGCCAAUGCCGACAUCGUGAAACGCACGAUUAGUGGUUUCGUCCGACUGUCGGCGUCCAGUCCAGACAAAAGGUUACCGAUCAACAUGCACUUAAUGCGUCAGCUGAAGGACCGCUUACGACUCAGCUCGCUGCACACCGUCGACGCUAGCAUGCUGUGGUGUGCCUUCACGAUGGCAUUCUUUGGUUUUCUGCGGAUAAGCGAGCUCGUCUCACCAUCACCGACGUCUCAUGACCGCCAUCGCACUCUGCUGUCGCGUGACGUGAAGACGGAAGACGAUGCCAUUACAGUGUGCAUUAAACGUUCGAAAACUGACCAACUUGGGAGUUGCGUUGUACUUCGCUUGAACGCGACUAACCGCUCGGUUUGUCCGGUGCGAGCAUACGAACGCUACAACCACAGCCGCACCACCAAAGCCUGCGCGGAUGGUCCACUCUUCACCUUUCGCGCAGGUCAACACCUCACACGAGCUUCCGUGCUGCAUCACAUCCGGAAGCUGCUCUGGGACCACACUGAACGCGACCGCCUAAACACCCACAGCUUUCGCAUUGGAGCCGCCACCACCGCAGCCGACGAAAACAUCCCUGAGCCGGAUAUUAUGCGAGCCGGACGAUGGAAGAGCACCUGUGUGCGUCGCUACAUUCGGAAGACCAAUCCCAGCCAAGUAAACCUGUACGGAACGUCUUGUUUGGGGGCAAGUGGCCAGAAGGAAGGUUAGAGGGAGCAAUGGGCGCGCGUCUUCGACCUCCUAAUCGAAACGGCGACAUCUGUCCGCUCUGGCCUUCUUCUCGGCUUCCCAUCCCAUAUCCGGCACUCG